GACCUUCUGUUACGUGUUUGGUCACUGGCGUGAACACUCAGACUCUUUCAGACGGACGAAAGCUUGUUGUCCAUCUCCAGUGGAAGUCUGUCUGGUUUCUUCAGAUUGCACUAUGUGGCGUCUUCUAGCUGGAUUUGUGCUUCUGCUGUGUGCUGCAGAUGCCGCACCAGUUGGUGACAGAACAGUUCCUGAUUUUGGAAAGAAGUAUCAUGUCAAAGGUGAGCUGAAUUUGCCUCAUUCUGGUGAUUCUGGGAUAAAGGAACUGUUUGAAGUUUGGUACGACCUCGAGAGGAACAGAAGUCGCAUCGACUAUCAUAAUGGUACAGUGCACACUUAUCUGAUUGGAAAUGGCUUGGAUUAUGGCGUCAUUUACCAGAUCACACCAGUCACCACUGACAUCGAAGUUCAAGCUAUUAAAUGUUUCGAGGUUAAAGGAACAAAGGAGGAUCCAAUACGUCCACAGGCGGCACUGCCUGAUCUGCAGGGCUUUGAAUUUGAGAAGAUGGAGGAUUACGCAGGCGUUCAGUGUGAGGUCUGGAAGAAGGUCACACAGGCUGGUCAUAAGAAGAACACAUAUCGUCUGUGGGUCAAACGUCCAGAGGGAAGUGAUUCCCCAGCCGUCCCGUACCACUUUGAGAUGGAGGGCUUCAACACUCUUUUGGGGUCCCACAAAGAUAAAUACAUGAUUGACUACAGUGAUUUCAGUUCUGCUGAAUCGGACAUUUUCACACCCCCUCCAGGAAUGACCUGUGAGGAGUUUCCAGAUCCUCCUGAGGAGCAUCAAAUAUUGGCCAAUCCCCUUCAAGACUAUGUCAGCACCUCCCCUGUUAGCCACGCCCACCGAUUGUUCGGCUCAUUUAAGGAGAAGUUUGAGCGUCAGUAUGAAAGUGACAAAGAGCACGAGGAGCGCGAGAACUACUUCAUACAUACUCUUCGGCAUGUGCACUCUACAAACAGAGCCGGUCUUACAUUCAGACUCGGUAUCAAUGACUUCGCUGAUAAAUCAGCCGCAGAGAUGGCCAGGAGGAGAGGUUUAAUAAUUCCAGAUCUGAUAAAGGAAGAUACAAAAUAAUUCUCACACAUUUCUUUGAGUCUGUUGCCAACGUUUAUGUUACAGUUUGAUAAACUAAAGGGGAAAUCUAAAGGUGAAAAAAAUGAGAAUUCACUGUUGAAACAAGUAGCUCAGCUCACUUAUACUGUCCUCUGAUGAGAUUAGUGUAAUUAACUCUUUUUCUAAAUCAUUUUUUGAAUAAUUACAUUUGGUUAAAUUGAGUAUCUGCAUCUUCAAGCUAUUUUGGCAACAUGUAUCAUUUUCAGUUUAUGGUUUGUAGCUGAUCUGUUUAUAAAGUGAUCAUGGUGACAUUGUUUAUCAAACCCCGGAUGUAUUGACAAGCUAAUGAUUAAAAUACUGAUUAAAACCA